GCCCCUCCAUACGGUCGUAUUGCUAGAGGUCAUUUCAAUUGCCCCUCCCUCCUUCGGGGCGUUUGCAUCAUAGCUUGCGUUGUAUGAGACGUGGUUUGCACAUAAAUAGUGCCGAUGCCCCCUUCGUAAUUAUAUAUUUUUUCUCGUAUUGACAUUCGAACCACAAUUACAUAUCCUCUUUAGUAUUCUUUGCUAUUUCAAAUCACUUCUGUGAUACUUUAUCCUUCACCAUGAGCUACAACGACAACAACGAUUCCUACGGCUCCAGUGGCCGCUCUGGCUACGGCGGUGGUAACAACGACUCGUAUAGUGGUGGCUCUGACAGCUAUGGCUCAAGCAACAACAAUAACAACUCGUACGGAUCGUCCAACAAUGAUUCUUUCGGAAGCUCCGACAGUCGCAACAAGGGCGACUCCUACGGAUCCUCAAACAAUGACUCCUAUGGCUCUGGCCGUGACAACAACAACAGCUAUGGCUCUAGCAACAAUAGCUCUAGCAACAAUGACUCGUACGGCUCUGGAAACAAUGACUCCUAUGGGUCAGGUAACAAGGAUUCCUACGGAAGCUCCAACAACAACAAGAGCAGCAACAAUGACUCCUACGGAAGCUCCAACAACAGCGCGGCAACAGCUAUGGCUCUGGCAACAAUGACUCCUAUGGGUCAGGUAACAAGGACUCCUACGGAAGCUCCAACAACAACAACAGCAGCAACUACGGCUCCAGCAACAAUGACUCCUACGGAAGCUCCAACAACAACAAGAGCAGCAACAAUGACUCGUACGGAAGCUCCAACAACAACAGCAGCAACUACGGCUCCAGCAACAAUGACUCCUACGGAAGCUCUAAUAACAACGAUAGCUAUGGAAGCUCGCGCCGUGGCAAUGACAACUAUUAGUCUAACAAAACUUAUUGUAACAAAGAUGGCAACAAUUAUGGUCAUGAGGAUGAACGCUUCAACUACGAAGCCUUUCUUUUGUCUUGAGGAACGAGUGGUACAAUCAUGUAUCUAUCUAAUCUAAAUGAUGAUGCUCUACAAUGAAUGUUUUUUCUAUCGAGGCAUUGAUAAGAUAAACAGAACAUUCAAUAGUUUACUAAUCAAUAACUAUAAGCCACGUAAUAUGGCUUUGAAUCUAAGUUCUACUCUCUAGAGGACUACUUAACCAUAGCUUCUAAAUGUCGACUCCCAGCCAGUUAAUCCACGUAGAUUACUGGCCGAACACCUUGACUCUCUCCUCAAUGGGCUUGAAUGUCUUCUCCUGAGCGGGCCCACCCGUUGGGGUGCCAAAAACCAACUGUGCCUUAAGUUUCCAGUCCUUGGGCAGUUUGU